UCUUGGGUCAGAGUGUCUUUGUCCGUGAUGGGAGGAGGACGUGUGCUGCUCCGCCUCGCUCGCAAGGUUCAUGGCUCUGCUGGGUUGUGAUCUGCAUCAUUUGGAGUGGUUCUAUUACCUCUACCUCGUGUGCCGGGGCUCGAACGGGGGAUCAGUGAUGUAAAAGUAGUGUUAUUCCUAAGUCCGCUCGUAUGGAAGUCUAAUUUGAAAAGGUAUCUCGGGCACCUCGGAUUGUAGGGCCUUUUUCCACCCUUACACCCGCCAGAAAAAUGGGCUCCAGGAAUAUACCCAGCGACAAGAUAAACUUACGCCUCAUCCUGGUGAGCGGCAAGACCAAGGAAUUCCUCUUCAGCCCCAGCGAGUCGGCCGGAGACAUCGCGCAGUUCGUCUUCGAUAACUGGCCGCAGGAGUGGGUGGACGAGAGUGUGAGCAAAGCAGAGAUCCUCCGGCUCAUCUACCAGGGGAGGUUCCUGCAUGGCAACGUGACCUUGGGCGCCCUGGGCCUCCCCGCGGGCAAGACAUGUGUCAUGCACCUCGUGCCCAGGGAAAACCUCCCAGAACCCAACUCUCAAGACCAGCGACAGAAGAGUAAGGGCGGCUCCUCUAGCUGCUGCUCCGCCUCGUGUGCCAUUCUCUAGUGGCCUGCUGCUCCUGCUGCUGUCGCCACACCACCAACACCACCGCCACCUCCACCACCUCCACCACCACACCCACACCCACACUACCACAAGCCACACACCUGCGACCAUCCACUGCCUGCCAGACACACCAAGGUCAUCCCCACCAUAGGAGAAGAGAAGACUAAGUUACUAAGCCUGAAGAUGCUGUCAUUGCUCCCCACCCCGCUACAGGAACCCAGUAAAUUAGGUGUCCAGACUCUUGUUGUUCUGACGCAACGCUCGGCUCUUCUGUGCUCCUCCGAGGCGAGUCUGCUGCCUGUGGAAAGUGUAGUGUUUUGUGUACACGGGCCGUAACCUUUCAAAAUCUGGUGUUGGAGUGAGUGUAUGGAAGCCUGCGUCAGUGUGCGGGUAAAUGGCAGACCCUGGGCUAACGAGGGACUGCACAGGUUGAGUGUACAGGUAGAUGGAGGAGUGCGCCAAUGGACAAGGCACUGUACUGGUGGAUGAUGCACAACUCCACUGCUUGAGAGCCGAGGGCAGUGGAGAGGACUCGUGUGAACGGACGCUCCUCCCAUCACUGUGCUGGUGGUGAUGGCGGUGACAGUGGUGGUCGGGAGUGCCGGGGGCUGUGAGGCAGGGUGCAGUGUGGUGUGGUUGUAAACUCGCGCCUCCUCCCCUUCCCCCUUCCCAAGACUGCCAUUUCAGAGCACCAGAUAUUACUGAUCGUUGUCUUGCUUACAUCUCGGUAUCUUCUAAUUUCUCAAGGUCACAAAUAUUGAAGAAUACUUUAUUGUUAUUACUCUAUGCUUAUUAAAAAAUAUAUAAAUAUCAUGUAUGUCUGUGUGUGUUGAAGACAUGUUAAGGUUACCAGUGAUAUGAGUAGUAGCGAGCACUGUUAAGGCUGGCCAGAAGGAAAGAGCGGGAACCGUUGAGAGCAGGAGAGACUGUGAUGAACUUCUUCCCCUCUGCACACCUGCUGCCUCUCCGGGAGUGUUGGGUGCAGGCCAAGGCUCUGUCGGGUAUCCUCUCCGCGCAGGGAAGGGCAGACUCUGUGCAUCAUAGAGUGGCGCUGCGGCGAGCUUCAGAGCUUUCAUCAUCCAGUGACUCAGUACUAUGGUUUUUUAGCAGGCACUGAUAGAGUUUACACUUGUACAUAUAUAAAUAAAUAUAUGUAUAUGAUAAGCAAAUAAAAAAAGAUUAUGUGAUAUAAAUGAUAAAGUGUAGGUCUCAUGUAACUGUCUCAUCUGUCCAGAGAAAUGUUUCAAGGUGGUUGUCAGCUCCUACCCCAGUGUUGCUUUGUUUGUUUCUUGCCAUACUAGGUCAGGCACUCUCCCACCCCCCUUCCCAGGCGGCAUGGGUGCCUGGCUCGCCGGGGCGCCCUGUCCCGGCGCGACGUGUGAAGAGUGACGGUGCCAAGGCUAUGUAAAAGUUACAAAAGUUUCCAAAGAGUCAGUCAUGACUACAAAUCUUUGCAUUGACUUUCAACUUGAUGUUCUUCCAUCACACGUACAGUCCAGCAACAUUGCACGUACGGUCCAGCAACACGCUCGUGUGUCUGCCGGCGUCAGUACUCUGCAGACUAAGAGUGUUUGAGUCAACACUUCACCUCCUUCCCGCAGCUGCACAGUGUGGGGGGGAGGGUGGGGAGAGCAGCCAAUAGUGACAACAACUAUGAAAUGUGGUGCUUCAUCAGCUUGCCCUGUAUGCGUCCAAGCCACCUGAUGCCUGACCCUCCAGCCACACUGUGCAUGGUGUGGCAAACACUUUCUUUUGUCAUCAUCACCACCCACACACUAUCAAGCACCGAGCUCCACUCUGGCCACACCCUUGCCGGCACCCAGACCCUCCAGUGUCCGAGGGGCACCGGGAGGGCUGGCCUGGCCCUGCCUGCCUGACCCUGUGCCGGGACAGGCUGGGCCACCCUGGCCGCUGAGGGGAGGCUCCCCCAGGCGUGGGUGCAUGGGUGUGGGUGACUCACCCAGAGUAGCACGGUUCUUUUAGUUAUUGAGGAGUAAGUGGCUUCAUUUGAAGCUUUAAUGCAGAUCUGAAAAGCAAUUCAUAUAUAUAGUUAAUAACUACAGAAAUUAAAUUAUAAAAUCAUCAUAACUUUACAUUAAAACAAGUAUUCACAUAACCUUUAUCAUCCCAUUCACAGAUGUGAGGAAAGUGAGUGUUUCCAUGUUCUUUCUAUAGGAUAUAUAUAUAUAUAUAUAUAUAUAUAUAUAUAUAUAUAUAUAUAUAUAUAUAUAUAUAUAUAUAUAUAUAUAUAUAUAUAUAUAUAUAUAUAUAUAUAUUGUUAUGGCUCCGUGCUAUACUCCUCCUGAUCACCAGCACUCAUGCCGUGGCCGCUGUGCCGCUGUGCUCACUCAUCGUCAUUAGUGAGAGUGUCUCCUGAAUGUUCCUCAUGAGUCAAUGAGUCAGUCACCCGUGCAGUGUUGCUCUGCCUGUGUCCCGCCGCUGCUGGGCCACUCUUGCUCCGGGGUGGGCCUCGGCUCACUCUGCCCAAGUCACUCUGGAUUAUAUGGCAAUUAUCAAAAAAGCUGUGGAGGACCUGCUGUGCUGAGUGCUCCUCGCUGAGUCGCGCUGUUGUAGUCUCCUAUUAAUGGUCAGUGUGGGAGUCACUGUAGCCAGUGCCAGUACAGCCACCAACCUCAGCCAUCAAAGGAAGGCUCAAAGGGAGAGGCAGUAAGUUACACUGCUUUUUUUUAACAUACAUAAUAUAAAUACAUAAAUGUUGUACCUCACCUGUACAUGUCUUGUUCUUAAGUUUGUUUGUUAACCAUUUAUUUUUUUGAAGUUUCACUCACAGAUCACCUUUAUGUUAAGUGCAAAAACAAAUAUGAGCAGAAAACUUUAUCAUUAGCAUUAAGUUUUAGGAAUAUUUUUUGAGGAGUUCCCAGUCAGUGUGCAGGGCGGACCCCCCCGCCCAGGGCUGGUCCUCGUGUCUGGGGCGGCGGGGGGCCCGGUGCCCCGCUGGUGCACUCUUGGGCUCAGGUUGGACUUGCACAUGACUUUAUUUGAUCAUUUUUUAAUCGACUUCAAUGUUGUUUUCCUUGGGCUCAGAAUUACUUAGUAUGUCUCCUUUCUACUCACCAGAUAUUUAUUUUGUGCAAUUGAAACUUGUCAUAGAUCCUUAUGAUAGUAAAUUAAUUAGAAACACUAUAAUAUAUAUAUUGUGAUAAGGGAAAUGCAAUGAAUCUGGACUUACAAAAAGAUAUAUUUCAGAAAUUGACAUAUCAAGGCCUUUAUGUUCAUUUCCUAUUGGUUUGCCAAGAGAAAAGAAUUGUAUAUGACUCAACUUCCUUUGUAGUUGCUCAGGAGAUGUUCUGCUUUGGAUUACUGUCUGUUAGUGCAAGGAAAGGCAAGGAUUCCUCAGAAGCCCACCGCUGUUCCCUCAGUCAUGGGCGGGCAGUCCGUUCACUGGCCGAGGAGGUGCCGAGCGUCACCUCCGGGCCUUUCCCUCACCCUUCUGUCACCACACUAGUCACCCUCCAGAAGAAAUACAAUGUUGGCCAAUCUGUAUCCUGGGCAACUUGAUCUGUACCUCCCGCUUGUCUUAUAGCUUUUACCGCUGAUCCUUGGAAGCUACUCUUUUAAAACUUGUGACUUUGGCAGAUAUUUUAUUAUUUUCUCAGACCCUCAAGAUUACAUACUUUUUCUCAACCCUCCAGAUGACAUUAUUUUCUUCCUCGCCCUCCAGAUCCCCAUAUUUUUUUGUCAGCCCACCAGAUUCCCUUAUUUUUUUCUCUCCCUCCUUCCAUAUAUCCUAUUUUAUUUUCUCAUCCCUCCAGAAUAUCUUUUUUUCUCCUCCAGACAAAUGUUUAUUAGCAGGUCUGCUUUUAAUGCCUACUCCUUGCCUGUGUUUCUUUCCCCUUUCUCCUCUUCAUUGGUAUGUCAUAAUAAAUUGUUUCUUUUUCGUUUUUGAACCAGAUGUUUAUUUUUAAUCUGUCCUCACCUACCGUUUUAUCACUCAUUGGUUUGUCAUAAUAAAUCAUCUUGUUUUCCAUUUUAGUGCAUAUUUUCUUUACCAGCACAUGAACUGUUUAAUUUGGAGUAAAUAUAUUCUGUUGUCAUGUAAUUUUAUCUGUAUAUUCUAUGUAAACUACUUAUUUUUUAUCUCUAUCUUUAGCAGAAAUAUCAAAGCUCAGUGUGCUGUUUAAGGAAUAUUUCUAACCCCACAACAGUAAAUAUUUCAAGUGGUUUUCCCAGAGUAUCAUUUAUCUAAAGUGUGUUAAUAUCUUGAGUUUCCUUUUGUUUAUAUAUGGAGUAUAAUUUUUCUGCUUGUGUUAAUGGUUGCAAUAUUCUCUUCUCGGUUCUCAUUUGUACAUACGUUCAAGACGUUUUUAAAAUGGCUGCUGGUUUUGCCAUCCACACAACGCACUGUUUAGUCUGAGUAGCACACACACACACACACACACACACACACACACACACACACACACACACACACACACACACACACACACGUCCCCUCAAUACUCACCUCCAGGAAAGCAACGAGGACAAACAAAACAAAAGUAUGUGAACUGCUGAUCAUUGCCCUUUGUGAUUCUUGAAUCUCCCGACGAGACAAAACAGACACGCGCUGACGACAUCCAGCGUUUGCAUGACGUUCGUUUUGGCCCCAUGAGUCCCUCUGCUGAAGGGGCUCUGGCCACCACUAUGUCAGAUUCAGUAUGUUAGCCAAUUUGUAUGCACUCCAAUUUGUACUCAUUUCAGGAUUAGGCCACUCUGGAAAAUCCGUCAUGAAAGUGAAAUGCUGCCUAUGUGAAGAAUGUUUAUUAAUCUUCAUUUUGACAAGCCUUUAUUUUCAUACUUCUGGUCAGUAUCCCACAGCAGCAUUCUUCCUGAUAGGGGCUCUAAAUGGAGUGUGCGUACAAGUUGGUCAACAUACCCUCGUCACUUAUUCCCUUCUCGAUAUACCGUACAUUUCAUCUGUGCACUCAAUUGUUGUUUCUAUUUGACAGUGUAGAAUGUGUCUAGUAGUGUGGCUUUUAUUGGCUUCCCAGGCGGGGAGCUGAGUACAUACCUUUGUUUUGGGGUGUCGAGGCGAGGAUGUGGAGUAGAGUUGGAGUUGGUUUGUUAGUGGCACUCCUCCCAUUUAGGUGCCAGAGCCUCGGGUGGCCCCAGGCACUCGCCCAUCGCCUGCACCUGAUGACCAGUGCCAGAUAGAGGAACUGUGACUUUUGACAGUUGGUCCCUAGAGUGUCAGGUGUGACGGCGGCCUGCUGGGAACCUUCAUUCUUGGCGGCAGGCUUUGUCAUCAUAAGUGAGUGAUUGCAGUGUUGGGAUGUGGUGGUGGUAGUGGUGGUGGUGGUGGUGGGGGGGUGCAUCUGACAUGGUCACUCUACCUCACGCCCACCACCACCACAGCUGCCAUCCACAUGCUAGUUUCAUUUACAUGUACAGCCACACUAUUAUUGAUCAUAAAUGGAUGAUACAUAUAUAUUGUAUAGUCAUGGAGUAAGAUUCACAUAUUAAUAUAACUCAUGAUCAUAGCCAUCAGUCUAUCACAUCCAGUGAGUGCUAAAGGUUUUAACUUGUUAGGUAAAGUCAUUUAUAAUUUAGUUACAACUCUUCCCAUGCACUUGGUACUCAAAUGUUAUUUUUAUGGAGUUGUAGCUGUCCACCCUUCCAUUCCCAUUUUGUUUCAUUAUCUUGAAAUGUACCUCCUGGAAUCAAUGGAUGCAUAUUAAUGCAGUAACAUACUUCCCUGUAUUAUAUUGUGAAUAUUUAAAUAAAGGACCAUUGUCCUAAUUACUAAUG